AUGAGCAUUGGUGACUACUACACCAAAUUAAAAGGCUUGUGGGAUGCACGUGAUGCUCUAAGUCCUCUUCCACCUUGUGAUGGCGACAUAGCAAAGAAAUUGCAGGAAUACCAACAAACACAACGUACUAAUCAAUUCCUCAUGAGACUCAACCCCGUUUAUGCCGGCGCUCGAGGGCAGAUCUUACUCAUGGAUCCCUUGCCGCCUGUGAACAAGGUAUUUUCUCUCAUUAUUCAAGAUGAAAAACAACAAAACAUCUCUUCACAGGUGACUGGGAAGACACCGGAUGCGGCUGCCUUUGCUGUCAAAGAUGGACCACCAAAUUUGAACAUGAAUUACUCACCAAGAAACCCACAUCUCAAAUGUGAUCAUUGCAACCUUGUUGGACAUACCACUGAAAACUGCCGCCAACAUCUUCAAUGUGAUCCUUGUGGCUACAGGGGCUAUACCAUCGACAUCUGUCACAAACUCAAGCGGGCAAAUGCUCAAGGGGAUAAGAGAGGUCCCUCAAAGUCUUACGUCAGAGCACAUCACGCGGAUUCUACAUCCAACAAAGCUGAAACAACUCAUUCUCAUAUAGUCUCACUGCUGAUCAAUAUCGUGAUCUCCUUGAACUCAUUGAUCGAACAAAAUCGGACCAACAUUCGGGGAAGACGAUUGGGAUGGGAAUUGAGCAAGCUGGACUCUACUACUUGGAUACUUCGAAGUAUGUUGGGUGUCGUGUCUUCGCUGCCACUGCCACUUCCACCACUCCUCAUCUUUGGCACCAACGCCUUGGUCACCCUUCCAAUAAAACCCUGCAAGGCAUUUCUUUGUGUUUAG